AAGCAAAGACACUCGGACAACAGCUAAACACACAAGAAAAAAACCAUGUCUCCGUUCUCUCUCAUUUUGGUAACCAUAGCCAUAGCUAUCUUUGUAUAUUACCUCCUAAACCUUCGUACCCGUAGUAGUAGAGGUCUUCCUCUUCCACCAGGUCCAAAACCAUGGCCCAUCAUUGGAAACUUGCCUCACUUGGGCACAGUACCUCACCACUCUCUAGCAGACAUGGCUCGAACCUAUGGUCCUCUCAUGCACCUCCGUCUAGGCUUUGUUGAUGUUGUCGUGGCGGCCUCGGCUUCUGUUGCUGCACAGUUCUUGAAAGCCCAUGAUGCAAAUUUUUCAAGCAGACCACCAAACUCGGGUGCUAAGCAUAUUGCGUAUAACUAUCAAGACCUUGUGUUUGCACCGUACGGCUCGCGUUGGCGCAUGCUAAGGAAGAUCAGCUCAGUUCAUUUGUUCUCUGGAAAAGCCUUGGAUGAUUUUAGACAUGUUCGCCAGGAAGAGGUGGCAGUGUUGAUACGUGCUAUAGCAAAUGAAAAGUCGAAGCUCGUGAAUUUAGGACAAUUGCUCAAUGUAUGUACCGUAAACGCCCUAGGGCGGGUGAUGCUAGGGCGGAGGGUUUUCGGUGAUGGUAGUGGUGGUGGUGAUGCCAAGGCAGAUGAAUUCAAAUCAAUGGUGGUGGAGGUGAUGGUGUUGGCUGGAGUGUUCAACAUAGGUGACUUUAUUCCAGCAUUGGAGUGGCUAGACUUACAAGGGGUAGCAGCUAAGAUGAAGAAGCUACACAAGAGGUUUGAUGCAUUCUUGACCACAAUUGUUGAGGAGCACAAGACUAACACUGGUGGCCAGCACAAGGACAUGUUGAGUACCUUGCUUUCAUUGAAAGAGGUUGCUCACGAUGAGGGAGAGAAGCUCACAGACACAGAGAUCAAAGCCUUGCUUUUGAAUAUGUUCACAGCAGGCACUGACACGUCAUCUAGCACAGUGGAAUGGGCCAUAGCCGAACUCAUCCGACACCCUAAGAUCCUGGCCCAAGUCCAACAAGAGCUUGACUCCGUUGUGGGCCGAGACCGGCUCGUAGGUGAAUUAGACCUAGCCCAACUCACUUACCUCCAGGCUGUGGUCAAGGAAACCUUCCGGCUCCACCCUUCAACCCCGCUCUCUCUACCACGCAUGGCAGCUGAAAGUUGUGAAAUCGAUGGCUACCACAUUCCAAAGGGCUCCACUCUUUUAGUCAAUGUUUGGGCCAUAUCUCGUGAUCCAAAACAAUGGACCAACCCAUUAGAGUUUAGGCCCGAACGCUUCCUACCGGGUAGCAAAAAGGCCCAUGUUGAUAUUAAGGGAAAUGACUUUGAAGUCAUACCAUUUGGUGCUGGGCGUAGAAUAUGUGCUGGGAUGAGCUUAGGUUUACGCAUGGUUCAACUAUUAACUGCAACCUUAAUUCAUGCAUAUGAUUGGGACCUGCCUGAUGGAUUGAUGCCUGAGAAACUGAACAUGGAAGAGGCAUAUGGGCUGACCUUGCAGCGAGCCGCGCCCUUGAUGGUGCACCCUCGGCCGAGGCUCUCCUCACACGUCUAUCGGGCAUCCUCUUGAAAGAAUUUUAAUAUAUAACAAAAAAUUGGACCUUGUACGUUUUUUUUUUUUUUUUUUUUCAAUGCGACAUUUGGUUAAGUAGGUGGUUGAUUUGCACAAAUCAGUGCCACCAAGGUUUAUUUAUCUUAGUUUUCCAUGAUGGUUUUGUGUGAUCAGUGUAUAUGAAUUAUGAAAUAACUCAAUAAAUACUUAGUCAACAUCCUAGUGCA